UCCUCUUCAUGUUAACCCUCUUUAACAUUUCUGCGCGUCUAGCUGAAGAGAAGCAUAUAACGGUCAACAGAAACUCCCAUUCGCGGUUUCCCACUCUAUGCGGAGCUUCUCCGAGAGUUCACUUCUUGCGAUGAUAUGAUGGAAUGGCGAGGCAUGCACGCGUCAAGGCUCUGGUGGGCGACCUCUCUUUCGCCACCUCAUCCCCAUUCGCCAAACUCUUGGACGGUUGCGGCCAGUCCAAGUCGGCGCGGGACGUGCGCCGCAUCCAUGCUCGGAUCGUCAAGUCCCGGUUCUCUGUGGAGGUUUUUAUCCGGAACCGGCUCAUCGACGUUUAUGCGAGAUGUGGGUGUCCUGACGACGCCCGCAGGGUGUUCGAUAGAAUGCCCGAGAAGAACACUUUCACGUGGAACGCGAUUUUAGGUGCGUUGAUCAGAUUGGGGUCUCUUGAUGAAGCAGAAAAGAUAUUUGGGUCGAUGCUGGAACCUGAUCAGUGCUCGUGGAAUUCUAUGCUGUCAGGUUAUGCGCAGCAUGAAAGAUUUGAAGAAGCCUUGCAAUGUUUUGGUAAGAUGCAUAGGGAGAAUUAUGUGCUUAAUGAAUACUCCUUUGGUAGUGCUCUCAGUGCGUGUGCCGGGUUAGCGGAUAUGGAUCUGGGCCAGCAGAUUCAGGCUCUGAUAUCAAAGUCCAAGUGCUCGUCCGAUGUUCAUAUGGGCUCUGCUCUUAUUGACAUGUACUCUAAGUGUGGGAAUGUGGCUUGUGCGCAGAGGGCUUUUGAUGAAAUGAGUUCUCGAAACAUAGUUUCUUGGAACAGCUUGAUUACAUGUUAUGAACAAAAUGGUCCAGCCAGUGAAGCUCUUGAGGUUUUCGUGAGCAUGAUGAAUUGUGGGUUUGAACUAGAUGAGGUUACUUUAGCCAGUGUGGUCAGCGCCUGCGCUAGUUUGUCAGCACUAAAGGAAGGCAUGCAAAUUCAUGCCCGUGUUGUCAAAUGCGACAAAUUUAGGAAUGAUGUUGUUUUAGGAAAUGCUUUAGUUGAUAUGUACUCUAAGUGCUCUAGAAUUAGGGAAGCCAGAUCAGUUUUUGAUAGAAUGCCUACCAGGAAUAUAGUGUCUGCCACCUCCAUGGUAAGCGGGUAUGCAAAAGCAGCAAGUCUAAAAACUGCAAGAGUAAUGUUCACGAGGAUGAUGGAGAAGAAUGUAGUUUCCUGGAAUGCCCUCAUUGCAGGGUACACCCAGAAUGGGGAGAAUGAAGAAGCAUUUGGUUUAUUCCGCCUUUUGAAGAGGGAAGCCAUUGAGCCAACGCACUACACAUUCGGAAAUUUGCUCAAUGCGUGUGCAAAUCUUGCUGAUCUGCAGUUGGGGCAGCAGGCUCAUGCUCAUGUCUUGAAGCAUGGAUUUCGCUUCCAGUCUGGAGAAGAAUCCGAUAUUUUUGUUGGAAAUUCUCUUAUAGACAUGUACGUUAAAUGUGGAGCUGUGGAAGAUGGUUUAUGGGUGUUCAAAAAUAUGUUGGACAGGGACAAAGUCUCAUGGAAUGCCAUAAUUGUCGGUUAUGCGCAGAACGGUUAUGGCAUAGAGGCGCUUGAAUUAUUCAGGAAAAUGUUGGUAUCUGGCGAGAGACCAGACCGUGUCACUAUGAUUGGGGUUCUAUGUGCAUGCAGCCACGCGGGGCUGGUCGAAGAGGGACGCCAUUAUUUCAAGCUGAUGGUUGAGGAGUAUGAUCUGGCACCGGUAAAGGACCAUUAUACGUGCAUGGUUGAUUUGCUCAGUCGAGCCGGUUGUCUCAGUGAAGCAAAGGACUUAAUAGAGACAAUGCCCAUGCAAGCUGAUGCUGUUGUUUGGGGUUCACUGCUCGCUGCGUGCAAAGUUCAUAAAGAUAUACUGCUAGGAAAGUAUGUAGCAGAGAAGCUCUUAGAGAUCGACCCUUCGAACUCCGGACCUUAUGUUCUGCUCUCAAACAUGUAUGCGGAACGUAAAAAAUGGGGCGAAGUCGUCAAAAUAAGGAAGCUGAUGAGGCAACGGGGAGUAGUCAAGCACCCCGGUUGUAGCUGGAUAGAAGUUCAGGGUCAAGUUCAUGUUUUUAUUGUCAAGGACAAGAGGCACCCUAAUAAGGGUGAUAUUUAUUCUUUGUUAAGAUCUCUCCUAGGACAGAUGAAGCGAGCUGGGUAUGUUGCCAUUGCGGAUGAUUACGAGGCCCAUGAGGAGCUGAGUGAAUCGGAGUUAAUGUCAAACGAAAUGGAAAUGCCAGCUGAUGCCGCUGUUUGUUAGUUCAUGGAGACUUAUUAUCCUUAGGUUUCUCUUCAUAAUUCAUACUAAUAACAUCAGACAAAAUGCGCGCAUGGAUAGAACAACUCUCUUUCCUCUCUCUAAUGCUAACACGGUGCAAUACACAAGUCUACUUUGAAGGACAUAAGAAGCAGGAGAUCUGCAUUAGUGCAGACUGUACCACGAACUAAUUGGAGGGGUCAGUGUCCUACAAACUAACGGGUCAACAGACCGCAACAUCUUCCUGAAGGAACAGCAGAAUAGAAGAGGCAUGGGUAUUCGAGUCAUUCGAAAAAGACACAUGCGCCAAGUUUGAGCAAAGCAUCAUCCCCUCCAAGGUGUGAAACUGCAACCUUGCCACCUUGGUGCAGGUCAUAUUAGUACUAGAUAAUGUCGACAAU